GAGGAGGAGGAGGAGGAGGAGGAGGAGGAGGAGGAGGAGGAGGAGGAGGAGGAGGAGGAGUGCAGAAGAGCGUGAGAGGAGGAGGAAGAGAAACAAGAGAGAGAGAGAGAGAGAGAGAGAGAGAGAGAGAGAAAGGCAAAUGGUUUAUCAAAUAUGAAAGAAGAAAACCAAGAAAUAUUUUGGUUAAAGUGAUGAAUGCAUACACACAAACGAAA